AGUUCCACGCUUCGUACAGCCAGAGUGGCCCCCUACUGUCAGUUGAAUUGUGAGAUAUGCCGGUGCAAUUCAAAAAAGUUUUCAAAACUUUCGAAACCGUUACCACCCACAAAUUAGCCUUACAAGACGCAUUUGGGAAAGAAAAAAGCACGAACUUUAUUCGAAAGUAAUUUUAAAACUUUUUACACAAUUUAUAAAUUCAGCUUAAUUGCCGAGUUAAGAAAAUCAAUCCGACAAAGAGACCCGCAUUUUGUGCCUUGGUGCGUGUAAAAUUAUCAUUUGAUUUCCCGACUGGAAUUUGUAGGUCGACUCUAUCACGGUGGUAAGUUUUCAUUAGAGAAAGUGUUUUGUGUUUUCAAAAAAACUUCCUCCUUCAUUUCUUCCAUUCUUCAUCCCCGGGAUGAGAGGGAGGAAUGACAAUAUUUAAUUCCAUUUCUCAUUAUUAGGUGUAGGGGUAACCUAUGGACCUGAGUACUGUAAGAUAUGCAGCCCUACUCUGUUGCUUUUACUGUGUGAAUGCUCAGUAUGCUUAUUAUAACCCUUUCAAGAUUCAAGAUGGGAAUAUCUUUCAUGAAAGUUACCCGGCACAAAGCUAUGUACUUCAACAACACAUUAGGAGGGCAGAUGCUUGCAGUCAAUAUCCAGGAUCGACUUGCAUGUUUGUUCUAUUGUGUAUUAUGGGAGGAGGAAUGCCAACGGGUACAUGCCCGGGCAGUUUUCUUUCCACAUGCUGCGUACCACCAUCUUCACCUGCGACGCAACCACCGAGACCUACUUAUCGAUGGUCCCCAGUGAAGACUGUACCUCCAGUACAAAACACGGUAGACAAAACGACGACUGAAGUGCCUUUUCUGACAACCCCAAAACAAAAUAACGUUACCUAUUGUGGUUUAAUUAAAGCAAAACCUCAAAGUCGAAUCAUUGGUGGAAACGAUGCUAUGUAUGGAGAGUUUCCAUGGCAGGCACAUAUAAAACUGAAACGCCAACAGUGUGGUGGAGUACUUUUAAAUAAAUACUACGUUUUGACCGCUGCGCAUUGCAUCUAUCAAGUUCGACUACCGGAUAUUAGUAUCCAGUUAGGGGUCUACGACAUUCAGGAUCAUUCGAGGCAGGAGAAUGCUCCCCAAACUUUCGCAGUCGUCGAAAAGAAAAUUCAUCCGAAAUUCCAGUACCAGGCUGCUCAUCCUGACAGAUUCGACGUGGCUCUUUUAAAACUCGAUAAGGCUGUUCGAUACCAAGAAAAUAUCUUGCCCAUCUGCCUGCCGAGAAAAGAUGCCAAUUUUCAGGGCCGCAAAGGACUCAUCACUGGAUGGGGAAAAACAGAAGCUGGACUUAGUAACAGGUAUGGAACUCGUUUGCUUCAGAAAGUGGAUGUCCCCAUCAUAUCGAAUGAGCAAUGUGAAGAUUGGCACGAGGAGAAAGGAAUCGAAAUUGUCAUAUCUCCCGAGAUGAUGUGUGCAGGAUACGAGGACGGAAAAAAGGACGCAUGCGUGGGUGAUUCUGGUGGUCCCCUGAUAGUCUCUGUUCAUGGACGAUGGGUAGUGGUCGGACUUGUAUCUGCUGGAUUUGGAUGUGCACAAAGUAAACAACCUGGAAUUUACCAUAGGGUACCCCACACAGUGGAAUGGCUUCGAGAUAACAUCACUUCAUAGUCACUUCUACAAGAAUUUUUAUGACUGUGCCAUUUUUUUUUAUGACAGCAUUUCUAUACUCCUUUAAGAAGGACAUGUUUUUAACUAUUCAUUUUUAAUAUUCACUGAACGAACGAUUUUACACUCCCUGGCCCCCCGCACUCUAAGAGAUUUUAUGUAAAAUCUUAAUUAUCAGGUGAUUACUCUAUACAGCUUUGAUGUUUUGACGUGACUGUUUGUUUAUGUUUUUGUAUCAAUGGGUUAACAUUGUAAUGCAAUACAGUAAAAAUAAAUAAAAAUAGGAAGUAUAUGAAAAAUCUCCAGCAUAAAAAACCAUAACAUGCGUGUUUAACUAUAAAAGUAUGGCCUAUAAACGCGUGCAAAUCAUUUCAUUAUUAAAACACUACAGUGGGUCUAAUUUAGGUUAAUUAUUGUAAUAUGCUAAUAUAAUACCUGAUAUAAUAAUUAUUCUAUAUUUGUGCAAUAUAUAGUCUAAUGUAUAUUAUAUAUUGUCUCGUCAAACCCAUUGAUACAAGAACGUGAGCAAGUGCAAAUAGUGGCAUAAGAAGCUGUAUAGAGUAUCACCUGAUAAAUAAGAUUUUACGUGGAAUCUCUUAGAGUGAGUCUAAAUAAUUUGACUGUAUGUGUGAGUGAAGCAGUUCUUUUUCUUGGGGGUCCUGAAAGUGGCAUUUGAAAAAGAAGUUAGACAGACUCUAGGGAUUUGCUGAUGAAAGAAACUUCAUUCGCUAUGAAGAACGUUUUACUCAUUCUGUAAAAAAAAAAAAAUUCAAUUUUUUUUAGGCAUUUUUUUCCUGUAAUUUCAUUGUGUUUUCAUAUUGCAAAUGUUGAUCAUUUGAAAAUGAUGCGUAUGUAUAAAAAAAAAAUUUUUUUUUAAAUAAAGAGAUUUUAAUAUCUUUAAA